CAGAGACCGCACAAACCGCCGGUGUCUCAGUAGAGAAGAUCGAGCGAUAAACGCCUGUAUCCAGUCACCCGUUACCCGAGAUGGAGAAAACUUCUUUCACGCUCUUCAUUUUAUGGAUUUAUUGUGUGAUUGCAUUCCUAAUUGAUGCUGGACUUGGCUCCAACAUCUGUACUUCUCGAGGAGCCAGCACAUGUCAGCAGUGCCUGGCAGUGCAUCCUACCUGUGCCUGGUGCUUUCAAGAGGAUUUUGGACAAGAUGUGCCUGGCUCUUCCCGAUGUGACCUGAAGAAGAACCUCAUCGAGGCAGGAUGCAGGAGAGGAGCUCUGGAAUAUCCCGCCAGCAAAAUGCAUGUGACGGAGAACAAGGAUCUCAGUGACAAGGCCUCGGGAUCCACCACCGACGUCACCCAGAUCCAACCUCAGAGAAUGCAAAUCUCUCUAAGACCUGAUGAUUCCCAGGUCUUCACGCUGAAAGUCCGUCAGGUUGAGGACUACCCUGUGGACUUGUAUUAUCUGAUGGACCUGUCCUACUCCAUGAAUGACGACUUGUCUCAGUUGCGACGGCUGGGGCAAGGCUUGAGUGAAGAGAUGAGCAAAACCACCAGUAAUCUGCGCAUGGGCUUUGGGGCUUUCGUGGAUAAACCCGUGUCCCCAUACAUGUACAUCUCCCCUGAAGAGGCCGUGUUAAAUCCCUGUUACUCAAUUCCGUACAAAUGCCAGCCUCAGUUUGGCUACAGACACGUUCUGUCUCUGACAGAGGAGGUGGGCCGCUUUACAGAGGAAGUGAGGAAACAGAAGGUGUCCCGGAACAGGGACGCCCCAGAGGGAGGCUUCGACGCCAUCAUACAGGCAGCCGUGUGCAAGGAUAAAAUUGGUUGGAGACCAGGUGCAUCUCACUUACUGGUUUUCACCACAGAUGCCAAGACACACGUGGCACUGGAUGGGCGCUUGGCAGGAAUUGUGCGACCCAAUGAUGGCCAAUGCUAUGUGGGAACAGAUAACAUCUACAAUAUGUCUACAACUAUGGACUAUCCAUCACUGGCAUUAAUCACAGAGAAAAUGUCAGAGAACAAUAUAAAUCUCAUCUUUGCUGUGACUAGCCAUGUGGAAUCCCUUUAUAAGAACUACAGUGAGCUGAUCCCUGGCACUGCAGUGGGAACGCUGUCCGAGGAUUCUCAUAACGUCAUCCAGCUGAUCCAGGAUGCAUAUGCUAAACUGCGCUCUAAGGUUGAGCUGGAGCUCUUGAAUGUCCCGGAAGAGCUCAGUCUGACAUUUAAUGCCACAUGUCUCAAUGGAGAAGUCAUACCUGGACUAAGAUCCUGCUCUGGCCUCAAAAGAGGAGAUACCGUGUCCUUCACCGUUGAAGCUCGGGCCAGGGGCUGUCCCAAGGAGAAGCGUAAGACCUUUACCAUCAAACCAGUGGGCUUUAAAGACACCUUGAAAAUCACAGUCAACUUUGAGUGUGAGUGUAAAUGUCAAGCUAAGGCGGAGCCCGACAGUCCCAUUUGUCACCAUGGCAACGGCACCUAUGAGUGUGGAAUCUGCCUGUGUAACCCGGGACGAUUGGGUCCCAGGUGUGAGUGUGCGGAAGGGGACUACAUCCCCACCGAGCAGGACGCCUGCACCGGCCCAGACAAAGUGAUCUGCAGCAGCCGUGGAGACUGCGUGUGCGGCCAAUGCGUGUGCCACAAUAAUGAUUUUGGCAAGGUUUGGGGGAAGAGGUGUGAGUGUGACGAUUUCAGCUGCCUGCGGUACAAAGGAGAGCUCUGCUCAGGUCAUGGCACUUGUUCCUGUGGGUUUUGCCAGUGUGAUCCAGACUGGAAGGGGGAGAACUGCAAUUGUUCUACUCGGACAGACACUUGUAUGUCCAGUUUAGGGCUGUUGUGCAGCGGUCGUGGUCAGUGUGUGUGUGGGAGCUGUGAGUGCACUCAGCCUGGGGCCUACGGCUCCACCUGCGACAAAUGCCCCACAUGUCCCGACGCCUGCACCCUGAAAAAGGACUGUGUAGAGUGUAAGCACUUCAAGAGGGGGAAACUCUUCGAUGAUGACACCUGCACUCGAAUCUGCAGAGAUGAAAUCAGUCUGGUGGAUGAUCUGGUGUUCCAUGAUAAGAAUGCAGUAAAUUGCACCUAUAAGGAUGAAGAUGACUGUGUGCAAAGGUUUCAGUACUAUGAGGACAACAGUGGCAAAUCCAUCUUGUCUCUAGUCAAAGAGCCAGACUGCCCUAAAGGCCCUGACAUCUUGGUGGUGCUCUUGUCAGUAGCUGGUGCCAUCUUGUUCUUGGGUCUGGCCGCUCUGCUUAUCUGGAAACUGCUAAUCACCAUCCAUGAUCGCCGUGAAUUUGCUAAGUUUGAGGAAGAGCGGGCGCGUGCCAAGUGGGAAACGGGUCACAACCCUCUCUACAAAGGUGCCACAUCAACAUUCACAAACAUCACAUAUCGAGGCAAGGACUGACCUGACGCAGAGUGCAGAGGAUGAACUGGACAGAGUUCAUUAAUGUAUAUGGUUUAAAAGUGUUUCCUUUUUUUUAAUUGCGCAAAAUGAACACGAACAGGAAAUGGUUGUACAUAUUUUGUUAUUGUACAUAUGUAAAGUCAAAAAUGGCACCUCUUUCCGUCUUUCUGUUUGUCACUGGAUGGAUGAUAAUCUUUAGAUUUGUUUCUAAUGUUGACUAUAUUUGUCAGUACCAUGUUAGUCACACAUACAACAAAACAUUUCCUUCCUCUCUCUGAUCCAUCACUCUGUGUAGUGACAGAUAUGAAUGAUAAAAAGCCUCAGCUAUCUUUCCAACUAUUGAUAGCCUGUGGCUGUGGUAACACUGAAUCCGUCAUCGUGAACAUGAAAUAUUCUUAGCUGUUCUCUUUGUUGUGGUCAUAGCUGUAUUAAUAUUAUGCAAUAUCUUAGAGGUAGCUUUAUCACACUGGUCUUUAGUAUGCAGUUUUGGUUGGAUUGUAUAAAAAUGUAUAAAAAUUUGCAACAGUUUUAUGCCUAGCAUUUUUACAAAAUAUACACCAAAUAUAAACAAUGUAAUUAUUUGUCUGGCAGAAUAACCUUAAAAGACAAAAAGUACCUCACAG